AAGGAAGCCCAUCGAAGCUUAUGUAAGGCGUGACUGAAUUUGAAAUGGGCUUGGGUAUAUAAGGAGCGGCUCGCCUCGAAACUUGACUCUUACUUUCCCCGGUUCCCACGGUCUACGCAGCUGCAAAUUUAGAAAAAAUGUCUUUGCCUACGCGUCAGAUCAACUUUGGCCGUCCGCAGGUCACUGCUGCUCAGCAGCAGCAGUAUCAGCAACAGCUUCUCGCAGCACAGCAGCAACAGCAGGCAGCGGCCUCGCAGGCGCUCUACCCGUCGUCGAACCCGUAUCUCGCCCAGUCGAGCGCAGGUGGCCUCGCGCUCCCGGGAUCGUCGAGGCAGCCCCAGCAGCAGCAAUCGCAGGGCUUCGUCCAGCCCCAGCAGCUCACUGCUCCGAGCAAGCCGACGUCGCCACCCGCGGCCGGACCAUCAUCGCCCGUCCCCGCCACCCCUGCGCCGCUCACCCUUGAGCAGCAGCACAUCACGGCCGUCGAGGGCAUCGUCCCCACGCUCCAAAACAUAGUCGCGACUGUCAACCUUGACUGCCGCCUCGACCUCAAGACGAUCGCUCUCCACGCCAGGAAUGCCGAGUACAACCCCAAGCGUUUCGCCGCGGUCAUCAUGCGCAUCCGCGACCCCAAGACGACCGCCCUGAUCUUCGCGUCGGGCAAGAUGGUCGUCACCGGUGCGAAGAGCGAGGACGAUUCGCGUCUUGCUAGCCGCAAGUAUGCGCGCAUCGUCCAGAAGCUCGGCUUCGACGCCAAGUUCUCGGAGUUCAAGAUCCAGAACAUCGUCGGCAGUUGUGACGUGCGCUUCCCCAUCCGCCUGGAGGGGCUCGCAUACUCGCACGGACAGUUCAGCAGCUACGAGCCUGAGCUCUUCCCUGGUCUCAUCUACCGCAUGAUCAAGCCCAAGGUCGUGCUGCUAAUCUUCGUCUCUGGCAAGAUCGUCUUGACCGGUGCCAAGGUCCGUGAGGAGAUCUACACUGCGUUCAACACCAUAUACACCGUGUUAUGCGAGUUCCGAAAGCCUUAAGGUCACGGGCUCGCAUACCGCCGCUAUCGCGACACCUCGCCUCCUCUCCCUGCCCCGUCAUCGCGACGAAGGUUUCUGGCGGCGGGGCAGUCGGCGUGGGCGCCGGGCUGGACGAACAAAACUUUGCAUCGAACCGGUGGUUGCUAAAGUAGUGCACAUCUUCCACCAUCGUCCCUCCCUCCGCCCUGCGGUGUCCUUCGUCUUGUUCGUCACCAUCAUCUGUGUCGUGCUCGACGUUGGCGCCGCCAGCGCUGGCUCUCUUCAUUCCCCUAUCGUCUCCCAUCCCCAUCCCCUUUCCAUAAUCCCCUGUCUUCGCGCCUGGUUCCCGAGUUGACAAUCAGCACGUACCAUCACUCCCCACCCAUGCAUGUAUAGUUCUUUUCCCGUACCUCUCAGCACGAUUCAAGCGUCCCCUUCAGCAUCAUCACUUAUAUAUACGUAUACAUCGUCGCACAACUACUAUUUGGUCGCUUUGCUCUGGUCACAAUGCAGUAUCCUUGUACAAUUGUAACUUUUGGUGUGAUCGAGUGAGGAACGCGAAUGCUGCCAAGGGAG